UACAAUAGUAAACACGCUUAAAUAAUAUUUAUUUUUAACUUGUAGAUUGCAGAAAAGAUAUUCUCUUAAAUUUUGCCAUGAAAGUCGCUGAUAACGUAAACCCUAACGUGUAUGAGAAGGGCUCGCUACGAGAAGUUACUAAAAGCGAUUUAGAUGAAGAGCUGAAAGAUGAUUUUGACCAACGUGAAAUUUUUGAUAUCAUCCGAAACAUCAGCGACCCAGAACAUCCCUUGACUUUAGAAGAACUUCGUGUAGUCGAGGAGAGCAAUGUUAUUAUUGAUAAUGAAAAUAAUUUGGUACAUGUGUACUUUACACCAACAAUUCCCCAUUGCAGCAUGGCAACGUUGAUAGGUCUUUCAAUUCGAGUCCAGCUUCUACGAGCCCUACCAAGUAGGUUUAAAGUGACUGUUGAAGUGACAGAAGGAACUCAUGUAUCAGAACAUGCAGUAAAUAAACAGUUAGCUGAUAAAGAAAGGAUUGCAGCUGCAUUAGAGAAUAACAACUUAGUGCAAAUUAUAAAUCAGUGUGUUCGAUCUUUUUAGAGUAUAAUGUGUAUAUUAAGAUUCAUUCUAAAGUAUAAUAACUUAAACAUAAAAAUGAGUGGGAUUACUAUAUGUCUAUUAUACUCUGUAACUGUGUAAUGUUUAUAUUGUGAAACAAGAGUAGUUGUGGAAGUUAUAGAUGUCAGCACCUAUAUACAAUAAAAUGCACAGUAUGACAUUGAAACAAUGAAAGUUAGUUGAGUUUAGUGUGAACCAUGUUAAAAAUAUAAGAUUGGUUAUCAUAAUCAUGUAGCUUAUUUUUGUAUCAAAUAAAUAAGUAAAAUCCAA